CGCACGACGAAGCCUCUCUUGGCACAGCAACACGCAUGCACUGUAACCAUAGAAACAGACCAUACUGUUAAUUUUUGUCGUUGUUCUAUACUGUGCUGUAUGUAGCCUGUCGCUAGCUGGUUAGGUAGCUAACAUUUUUUUGUGGGGGAAUUUGUCGUUGAUGCCACAAGUUAUGGUUGUACGAGUAGAAGAAGUUGCUGCAUCGCUUGUGCGGGAGUUUCUCAGUCGGAAGGGACUCAAGAGAACGAUUGCCUGUAUGGAUGAAGAGCAUCCCCGUACAGAUGCCAGCAUCAACAAUAGAUCCGAUCUGCGACAAAUUCUUCAUUUGGAAGGUCUAUAUAAAAACAACAAGGCCCAAGACUGUCCCCUGAAAUCAAUGUUGGAAAUCAUUGUAAGACAUCACAUUGAAGGACAUAAAGAGGACAGGCCAGGCUUCAACAGUGAUGUCAUCCAGACCGUAUCAACUACACAGAAGUUGGUGACAAAGUCUCCAAUAUUGACACCAACAGUGUAUGACCACAGCAGGGCAGAAGAGAACACUACUGGAUUUAUUUUCAACAAAACUGACAUGUCAAGGUCACUUUCAGAGGUUGUCUGUCCACCUCAUGGUACAUUAUCAUCAUUUGAAGUGUCAGAUACUCCCCAGAGAAGUUUCUGGAGCCAUAGCCUUUCCUCAGAGGGCCAGCAGGACCGACAGCCUGUACCCUCUUUCCUAGACAAUGACAGCGCCGCUAAAAGGGAGUCCUUUUCAGACAAAAACACGGUCGUCACCACAGAGAGUACUCCUAAGAACAAAACAAGUCGCCUCAGACGAGGCAUGAUGGCAGGUCCCAUAGCUAGUUCCCCACAGGAAUCGAAUAGAAAACGUCAGACUCGACGGUUGGGAGGCCCUAAUCUUCUGGCAAAUAAUGAAAACCACAAAAACAUCAGCGAUGGGCCUCUGUUGACUGCUGACCAGUCACAGAGAAUGGUUAAAGGGUUGACGGAGCUCUCCACUGCUGACCCCAUGAGAGAAAGCCAACAGCCGCGGCGCAGCACACUGGGAAAAGGAUUUGAUGAAGAUGGCUAUGGGUUUGAGAGAGUAGGAAAAGACAUGCACAAGACCAGCAGAACAAAAUCAAUGACCAAUCAAAAUGUUGAUCUGCACAUGUCGGAGAUGAUUUUGGAUGACAUUGAUGAUGAUGAGGAGUUGCGUGAGCUCUCCAGAGUGUCCUGCCACUCCUCCAGUUUGCCUCCAACCACUUCUGAUAGUCAACCCAUGGACCAGCAUACUGCCAUUGCCCUGAAAGAGCUCAUCCUUGGCUCAAGCACCAGUUGUUUCAGUGCCGAGUGGAGGAGUCAGAGUUUCACUUUCUCCGAUGCACCUGAUCUGAGAUAUGGGCUUGUUCAGAAGAAGGGUGGUCCUUGUGGAGUUCUGGCUUCAGUCCAGGCUUGUAUUCUGCAGAAACUUCUAUUUGAGGGGACCGGCAGUGACGCAGGGCACCAGAGAUUAAGACCCUCUGGUGCUGUGAGAACAAAGUGCCUCACUUUAGCCACUGCUGAGAUCCUGUGGAGGGCUGGGGAGGGGAAAAAAGCCACCAUCGCCAUAACAUCAGGAAGAAAUAAUUUCACCCCUACAGGACACCAUAGAUCUGAAGGAGUACUAGAAAAGAUGACAUGUAUUGAUGUUGACAAUCUAAAGGACCUUCAGUUGCUUGUGGAACAGCAUAUUCAACAGUUUGAGUCGGGAGCCUUAGGGUGUAUAUUGCUCACCAUCUCUGCUAUUCUCUCCAGAUCUAUUGACCGGGUUAGAGAGGAUAUGGAUGUCCCCAACACCACACUCAUCGGAGCUCAUGGCUACUGCACACAGGAGCUUGUCAAUUUAUUGCUGUGUGGACAGGCUGUGUCCAACGUCUUCAACAACAAUAUGGAGCUGGAUUCAGGCAAUGGAAACCUGACCCUUCUCAAGGGAAUAAGAGAUCGCAGUGACAUUGGACUACUGUCCUUAUUUGAACAUUAUAAUAUAUGCAAGGUUGGCUCCAACCUGAAGACUCCCAAGUUCCCUAUCUGGGUUGUGUGCAGCGAGAGCCAUUUCAGCGUGCUCUUUGGUGUGCAGGAGCUGCUGAGUGACCAGUGUGUGAUCGGGGAGUUUGACCUGUACUACUACGACGGCCUAGCCAAUCAGCAGGAGGAAAUCUGCCUAACUGUCUUUGUAGGUACCUCAGGAAUAUCUGCUGGCUGCCAAGAUGUGGACACUGAUCUCAUUCCUCCUCUUGAACACUGUAUACGGACCAAAUGGAAAGAUGCCAUUGUCAAUUGGAAUGACACCGAGCCCAUACUUUGACUGGCUAGUGGAUAGAAGGUGAUGACUGUAGAUGAGACUGGGCCUACCCCGUGGCUGAAGACACAAGAUAUGCUGCUUUCUUAUUGCAAAAUAUGCCAUUUAGCAAACACUUUUAUCCAAAGCGACUCUUAGUCAUGCAUGCAUUACAGCUUAAAUAGAUUUACUUACAGUAGCUGUGCAUGGGUAAAAUCACCCCCCCCCAAAAAAAAAGCCAUAUUACAACCUACUGUGUGUGUUGUGAAAUUUGCUUUGUUUGCUCUAGAACCUGUUAGUUCAUAUGCCUUGCCACUGUGAUAUAUAGGCGUAAGGCCGAGACAGUAAGAAGACAUAGUGGCAGAAUAAAUUCAACCACACCUUUGUUUAGUCACAAAACCGGAGAGAAACCUGUCUGUCUGGUGAAGUCCACAAAUCAUAUUGCUUGUAGCAAACAGUUAUAUGACCUACAACAUGGUCAAGCAAGUUAAUGUUUCUGACUUUUUACUAAACAACUAUUGAUUUAGAACCACAGAGAGUUAACAUAAGAAGCUGCCUCCACUAUUGCAGGCACCAUUUCUACUUCAACAUUUCAACAUCAUCAAGUCAAAUCCCCUAUGCUUGGUCUAAUACAGUGACAACUAAAAGAUACCAAAAAACGAUUUGGUCCAAUCAACGUAAGCUAAAUGUGAUGUGGCUGUCCAUGGUUCUGCUUUCUCUCUCUGUGUGUGCGUGCAUCCGUGCAAGUAGAAUUAACAUGUUGACUCACCCUACUCGUAGAGAAACGCCAAUGCCAUCAUCUCCUUUCAUGUCGAUGAAAUGGUCUAUGACUCUGUCAUUCAGUACAUGCUUUUAGUUUUUGCUGUCCUAGGCUACCUGGCUAAAAUGCUUGCUAGCUAGCUUAACUUGCUUUCAUGGGCAACAAUGCGCCAGGCCAGCUAGUUAACAUUAGUCUACUAUGUCUAGCUACAUAUUGAACUUCCAUCCUCUCAGCCCAGGGGCACAAUGUAUGAAUUAAUGGUUGGAUCAUUGGCCCGUACGGAGAAUUAAAGCUGCAUUGUGUAACUUUUUGGGUGUCCCAAUUCAAAUCAAGUCUUAAGAAGUGAUAGAUCUGUUCUAUGCGCACAUUUUUUAUGCUUCCCGGUCUUAAGUUUGGUUUUUGUGUCUCUUACUUUCGGUUUUGUACACCAGCUUCAAAUAGCUGAAAAUAUUUUUGGUUAUGGAAAAUAUAUUUCACUGCAGUUUAGAUCGUAAAAUGAUUCUCUACACUAUUCUUGCUUGUUUUGUCACAUAAACUGAAAUUAGGUGAACUAUUAGACUUGAAACAACCAGGAAAUGGCAGAGCGAUUUCUGCAUAGUGCAUCUUUAAAUAAAACCACAAAUCCAAAUCCCUAUCUCCAUCCAUGGCUAAUUUAGGAAAGUACAAAUUUAGCUAACUUGCUCGCUAGGCACCGGAGGACAACAACAUAACGAGAUGCAACAAUUAUUAUUUUUUUCUUCUGGCAAUUCAAUACUAGGAAGGUAUUGUGAAAGUUGCACUAUGCAGAAAUCUCUCUGCCAUUUCCUGUUUGAUGAAAUUCUAAUAGUUACUCUAAUUUUAAUCUAUGUGACAAAAUAAGAUGGUACAGUGUAGAGAGUCAUUGUACUGUCUAAACCACUGUGAAAUAGAUUUUCCAUAAUCCCAAAUAUUUUAUUUUCAGGUGUUUUGAAGCUGGUGUACAAAACCAGAAGUAAACAAUGCAAAAAUAAAAGUUAAGAAUGGAAAGCAUAGAAGCGUAGACUUGUUUUCAAGUUGAAUGAUAGAUUUAUAACCCACAUUUCUAUGUGAAUUUGGUCAGGUCACACAAAAAGUUACAUUUUGGCACUUUACUGUUUUGGACAGUCAGUGUAUUUGUAUUGUAUAAAACAGGGUUCUCCAACCCUGUUCCUGGAGAGCUUCCAUCCUGUCGAUUUUUGAUCCAACUCUGUUCCUGGAGAGCUUCAAUCCUGUCGAUUUUUGUUCCAACCCGGUUCUUGGAGAGCUUCCAUCCUGUCGAUUUUCUCUCCAACCCUAAUCUAGCACACCUGAAUCAGGUUAGAGCGAAAUGGGGUGGCUUUCCAGGAACAGGGUUGGUGACGCAUGGUAUAAAAUAUAUUAUUGUAUUUCAUCAACAACCACAUGUGUUGACACGAUCAUGGAGGCCAUUUUGUACAUGUAAUUUACAUUUGAAUCAUUUAGCAGAUGCUCUUAUCCAGAGUGACUUACAGGAUCAAGUAGGAUUAAGUGCCUUGCUCAAGGUCACCUUGACAGGUUUUUCACCUAGUCCGCUCGGGGAUUUGAACCAGCGGUUACUGGCACUUAACCACUAGGCUAGUCGCUGCCCCAGGUAGCCUAAUUGUUUUUGAAUGCCUGAAGAUGUUCUUAUGAGUGGUGCAACAAAUGUUGAUUCAUACGUCUUAAAACAAGUCUUUACCUCAUCAUUUUUUACAUGGACAUGCCCAAUAUAAAGAGGAGUGCCUUGGAUUUGUUGUAGCCUAUGACAUGCAGCUUUCAUGACCAUCAGUCUUAAAGGUAGAGUCAGCGGUUAUUUCUGCAACAGCUAAGAGCAUCUUGCAUCUCGCUCAUCACAAUAUCAUCUGUGCGGCUUGUGGCAAUGUCAUUUAGCUCACUCUACCUUUUAAUGUAUGACAAUAUCCAUAAGGUAUUAUUAUAUUUCAAACAUUAUUCUAUGACAUGCCGUAUAUACUACAUAUCUAACCAUUUGAUGUUAUUUGUGAAAUGGACGUGUGUAUUUUUGACUAUAAAACAUUUUUGACUGUAGAUGUUUUAUUUGAAUGGUCAGUGUUGUAAAAUAAUUAGUUUUAAUAAUUUAAAAGUUGUGGAUCACCUGUAUCUUGCCUUUUGUCUUCUGUGAAUGACUGCACUUGGACACAUGCAAUGCCUUGAUUGUCCUCUUGCUGCCACUGUUGAGUUGUAUAUGGAUCCUGAAUGUAGUCAACAUUGCUCACUCUUGGUUUCCAUGACAGGAGAGAAGAUAUAUGAAAUGUUAAUGUUUGCCAAAUCAAAAUCGAAUAAAAUUGUAUUGGUCGCAUGCGCAUAUUUAGCAGAUGUUAUUGUGGGUAUAGAAAAAUGCUUGUGUUCCUAGCUCCAACAGUGCAGUAAUAAUCUAACAA